AUGUUGAGCUCAAGGACUCCAAAGCAACACUGCGGCAAUUCAAGGUCCCGGCUAAGGCGACCAUCUUUAUCGAGCGGCGACAGCUCUCCAUGGCCGACUACGACAUUCUCGAUGGCCACGACCAAAUCGAAGAGGGGUUCAAGGGCACCAUCUUUUCGCACGAAAAGGCGACGGACGCAUCAGGCAGGGAGGAGGCGGGCGCGUCUGCUUCCCCGUCUCCAAGCAGAGGAGAGGCUGUGGACUUGCCCGCGGAGGUCGCGAAGCUGUGGACCUGCGAUGUGUGCACCUUCCACAACCCGUACGCUUCCCCCGCCGCCGCCAGCUUGA